ACAAUGAUCCCCCUCCCCACCCCCUUCUCCCAAAUCCCCCGCUACCCCCUUCUCUACCCAACCCCCUCCCCCAUCCACCCACUCCCAACCCUAACCAGAACCCUCCUCCAAUCCCCAUACACAACCCCCAAGACCACCACCACCACCACCACCACCACCACCAACAAGAACAAAAACAUAAACACAAACAUAAACAUAACCCUCCACCUCAAACGCGAAGACCACGCCUCUCCCCUAACCUCCAGCGGCAACAAAUACCGCAAACUCGAGUACCUAAUACCGGACAUUCUCUCCCCAGUACCAAAAUACGGCUCUUUAGCACCAGGACCCGAUCACGGAACCCUCACAUCCCCAGAAAACCAACAGAAACUACUACAUAAUCACAAACAGAAUAAAGAAGUAACCCUAGUAACCGAAGGCGCCCUCCAAAGCAACCACACCAUCCAAGUAACCAGCAUCGCGAACCACCUGAACCUCCCACGGCCGGUGAUCAUCCUCCACAAGGCGACGGGGGGCGGGUACGCCCAAGUACCAGACAAGAGCCUGUUCGAGAGGACGGGGAAUGUCCAAGUUGCGAAGUUGUUAGGGGCUGAUGUGAGGGUAUUGGAGUCAGCUACUGUUUCAACAUCCACAUCCACCUCCACAAACAAAGAAAAAGAAAACGAAGAUGUAGUCCACACCAUCUUCAGCACCCUCCAAUCCUCAGGCCAAAAUCCCUACUGGAUCCCCUCCGGCGCAAGCCUCCACCCCCUAGGAGGACUGGGGUACGCGCGCUGCGCAUUCGAAAUAGCGUACCAGGAAACCCAACCACAACCACAACCACAACCUGGUCCCUUCCCAACCAACCUCGGAAGAAUAGACUACAUCUUCGUGGCAUGCGGCAGCGGGAGUACCCACGGGGGAUUAAUCGCGGGAUUAAAGCUCCUCGAGAAACAAGAAGCAAAAGCACACUCCUCAGAAGCCACCGCCCACUGCCCAUCCCGAAAGAUCAUCGGCGUGCUCACGUCCCCAACACGCCCACGCAGCUACCACGAGAACAGAGUAUUGCAGUUUGCGCGACAAGCGGGAAGACUCAUUGGGAUUGAGGACGUGGAGAGGGAGAUAACGAUGGAGGAUGUGCAUGUUGAUGAGCGGUUCGCGGGCACGGCGUAUGGGGAGGUGGAUGAUGCGACGGGGGAUAUAGUGCGGUUGAUGGCGAGGGAGGAGGCGGUGUUGUUGGAUCCGGUGUAUACGGGGAAGGUGGCGAGGGGGAUGGUGCAUUGGGUGAGGGAGGGGGAGGUGGGUAGGGAUUGGGUUGCCAGGGGGGGAGGGGAGGGAGAUGGGGUUGGUGUUAAUGUGUUGAUGGUGCAUACGGGGGGACAGUCUGCUUUGAGUGCGUAUGCGGAUGUUGUGUAGAUACAUAUUUGCUGUUGCGGUGGCUGUGUGGGUUGUAGAUAUUGAUUAGAGCUAGUGCACAUGGGCUGAGGAAUAAGGUCUACUGUAUUGAACGAUUGUUGGUUAAUGACACAUCGAACGCGCUCAUCGAGCGACUGACUAGAAAAUAAAAAUACUGGAGAAAGCGCAAAGAUAGCAGUGUACAUUGGCCUGAGAAAACAAAAGCCACCCCUUAGAAGAAGGAACAGUGAAAUCACACACAAACAACUAUCAAAUAGGAAUAGAGAAGACAGAAAAACACCACGCAAUGCGGAGACGGACUAGCCAGGUCUCCGUUGUCUUCGUACACCGAAGUCGUACAAAUCACAAACCACAACAUAAAUUUUAAACAGGAUCAAGAUCCCAUCCGAGCGAAUCGAAAAAGACUUUAAGAGCAAAACAGCUGGCAUCCCAGUGAACAACAACACCGUUAACAAUCCAGGAACAACACAAA